UGUCUACGAGAGGUAUUGAGCUGAAGAAGUUCUUAGAAAAGCAUGCCCAACAAACUCAGAUUCAAGUGAAUAAAACAAAGAGAUCUGGCAAGCGAAGAAUCAAAAUGCUACGCAGACCAGUUACAAAUUUGUGUUUGAAGGAGCCAAACCUCCAAAAUUUGUCAACAAAAAGAAGGUUUUUACUAUAAGCCCCUCACCGGUUUCUGUCAGAUCAAAGACUAAGCUUUCUAAAAACCAUCCGAGAGCCCUUGUUUGGAAGGAUCAAGAUACUCAUCAGCCAAGAAUUUAUUCCCCAGUCCCUGUAAGAAUCCAGAACCUAAACUUUACUUCUCAUGAUGUUAAUAAGAAUCCGGGUGAGUUUAGGAUAACUAGGAAGAUGAGAAAUACUCCUCUGAAUAUCCUUCAGAAAAAGAUCAAAUCAUUAUCUCCUAAUUUGCAAAGGUUAGUCCAUCAUGCUCUUAUUCAUACUUCUGAGAAGAAGAGAAAAAUCCGAAGGCCUAAGAAUAAAGCCAAAGCUCAUUCAUCCAACACUUUAGUAUCUGAGGAAGAUAUCCCAACUCAAGAGAACAUGAAAAAUGUAUUUGGGUACAUAGCCGACAAGUUCGAAUUCUUUCAUACUAAGAUCACUGACUUAAAAUCAGCCCCUGGGCUAUGCAAGUCUUCAUACAUCUUGAACCAGAAGUUAGAAGCACUUAGGUCCAGUAAGGAAAAAAUCUGAGCUGAAGGCCAAGUUAGCAGAGAGUUCAGCUCUAAGGUUCCCAAAGGUUUCAGCAUUGAUAAUCAUGGAUCCUACGGCCUAAAACUUAUAUCUGAUUAAUAC